AUGGCAAAAUCAGGCCCCGACAAAGAGGGGCUAUCCUCUCUCAGGUUGCAUGAUCAUGGCUUCAGUGACAAUGAGGAAGGGCAUGUAUCCAGUGAAGGAUCGCCUUACACGGAACCUGAAUCUAACGACAUGUGCCAAGAGGCUGCUGAGAGCCCGUACUACGAGGACUGGGAGGAGCUGAAACCAAAGAUUUACAAGCUAUGCUCGCAACUAUGGCCGCAAUUUCACUAUCUAUUCGGUAACCACCUGGAGUACCUUUCUCACGGCCGCCACAACGUGAACAUCGGUCUCUCGAUACCUAACCCGAAUAAGGUGGCUGUGUUGACUCGAUCUAACUACGUCCUUCGCAUUUCCAAGUCGAAAGAUGGCGCGCGCAACAAUGUUGCAGUAUCCAAGUAUCUUCAGAAAGCAAUGAGCUUCCCUACUCCGCAAAUCCUAUUCUACGAUCUCACGGCUAACAACGCGAUACGAUACCCUUACGUGAUUACUAAUCGAAUUACGGGCAUGCCCCUGAGCCGAGCCAUUAAGAAUGGAGCAAUCACCCAGAAGAAGAUGCUGUGCGUGGCCAAGGAUCUAGGCCGUUUCUACAAGGAGAUGUUGUCUAUCAGAAGCAACCGUGCCGGGCUUAUUCUUGCCACCAACGAAGCCCCCCUGGACUCCGAUGUCUCCGCCCGAAUCCUGCCCCUGGGAGCACACGAAGAUGAACCUAUUAAAGAGUACGAUGCUUCGGAUGAGACUUCAUUGUACCCAUUCACAGUAUACGAAGCUCCGGAUAUUCCUUGCGCUAUGCUGAUGCACAAAGCCGUACUACUAUGCACGCUUCGUGACAGCGAUGACUUCCAGGGCUAUGAACGAUCCUUUUGGAAGCAGAUCAACUCUAUCUAUGGCGAGAUGGAAGGUAUGGGACUAUUCUCUAACAACACCAUAUGCCUCUCUCGAGGCGGUCUGUCCCCGAGCAACAUCAUGAUUGACACCUUCGGCUCCGUCAUCACCGUGACUGGGAUUCUGGGCUGGAAUAAAACUCUCUUCUUGCCGCAGUUUCUAGCGAACCAAGCUCCAGCAUUCCUAUGGACUCCUGUCGUGCGCGAUGGAAAGAUGUCAGACUUUGAUUUCUUGGAAGCAGAACUUGAGACCUUUGGCGGUUUGACCGUAGCGCCGCUGACACCAGACAUGGCCGAGUUGAAGCAGGUCUUUGAGAAGCACGCAGGGGAAAGCUACACAUCUAAGCCUUUCACCAAGGAGGCGUUCUUGGCUGAACGAAUACUGCAAGCGACCUUCCUUGACUCUGACGACUUUCUAUUCUUUACCGUCAUAUUGAAGAAAUAUAUCGACGCAUGGUACGGAAUGGAAAGACCCCCUAUCCAAGAUGGCGAAGACACGCCUAACGAAGUCACCGACGGUGCCACCAACGGCAAAUUGACCGACCUAUCGACCUCGCAACCUAAGAAACUCUAG